GGGCGACUAGCGCACCUCUGAACAUCAAAUACAUAAUAUACACAAAUCGUAAAAUUUCGCUGUGAAAAUUCCGAAACACAACGACACACUGUACAUAAAAGCUAUGGUUGGGAAAUGAUUUUCCAUUACACACAUUUCCAUUACUUGCCGUGCAUUUGUUUUCGAAUUAGUGUGAAAGUCGGUCGUUUUAUGCCCACGGAGUUAACCUUAGAAUAUAAAACAAAGUUUUUUUCUUAACUACAAACUAACUGCUCCUGGAUUUUCGUUUGUAAACCUGUUUAUUUCGUUAUCAAUAUAGUGUACCAAAGUCGCGCUUUUAUGAUUCCGUAUUUGAUCAAUAAAAUUGUUGAGUUAAAACAAGGCGAAAAAAGGCUCUUAUUGUGUCUAAUAAAAGUUACGUGGUGUCGUGUAUUAUAAAUAUAAUAUCCUCGAAGAAGAGUGUUUCAUUUUAUAAAUGGCAGUGAGUUUCGUCGACGAUGAAUGAAAUGUGAAACAAAUUUUAUUGUGUUCCGUUCAGUGUUGUUUUUGUGUCCACUUUCUAUUAAGGAUACAACACACAUUCCGUACAUAUGUGUAAAUAAUAUCUGGUCAGCGUUUCGACGAAUAUUUUGCUUGGUGCAUUCAAUACUGUUUUCAUUCACACAUCUGUGGAAAGGCUUUGAAAGUUGAACGGAAUUGACUACAUAGAUAUUCAUACAACACGAAACGUAUAUCCUUUUAUAACAUUUUCUAUUGGAAAUUGGACACAAACACAUUCAUUGUGUAAAUAAAGCUGCCUUGUAUUACACGGGGCAUAAACAACUGUAUAAAUAGCAGUGCCAGCCGGGGCAUUAUAUUUAUUUCGAUUAUGACCGAAUUGAAGGAAACGGAAACACUGUCGAUGGAUCGACAUAUAGCUGUCCUUUAAACUAAUGACCACAAAACGACGUGUUGAUCAAUUGCGGAAUUAUUCAGUCAAAUUACCUUUGGAUAUUCUAUGGUUACCAAUCGCGGCGAUGAGGCCUGUAGGGCCGGAAUCUUUACAUUCCGAGUGUGUCUUGGUGGUAGGCGUAUCGCGACCUAAAUUAGCAGCACUAUUUCUAACUGUUAUGCUGAUAUCCCUUUUCCUGACUUUCCAUGUAUUGUACGACAGUGCAGUGUACAGUAUUCAGGCUGCAUCCACUGCAUCCGAAAAUAGAAUAUCGAUACUCACAAGUAGAUUAAGCAAUUCGGGAUUAUUGCAUCAUCCGAUUGUUUUUCCGAAUCGGGUGCAUUUUCCGAAAACAAGUAGACGACUUCCACAGACGCUAAUAAUUGGAAUAAGAAAAUGCGGCACCAGGGCUCUUCUGGAAAUGCUUUAUUUACAUCCACGAAUUCAGAAGGCAGCUGGUGAAAUUCAUUUCUUUGAUCGAGAUGAAAAUUACAAUCGCGGUUUGGAAUGGUACCGGAAAAAGAUGCCACAUUCAUUUCGCGGACAAAUUACCAUCGAAAAGAGCCCGAGCUAUUUCGUGAUGCCGGAGACACCAGAACGAGUACGUGCUAUGAACGCUACCAUCAAACUGCUAUUAAUCGUACGCGAACCGGUUACGCGAGCAAUAUCAGACUACACACAAUUGCGUAGCCAUGCUGCCACUGCUGCUCUUCCACAACCGUCGGUUGUUUCCAAAUCCUUUGAGGAAUUGGCUGUUCUUCCAAAUGGCACAGUAAAUCACUUAUAUCGUCCGUUAGCUAUAUCAAUGUAUCAUCUUCAUCUGCACCGAUGGCUCGAAGUAUUUCCAAGGGAACAAAUAAUGAUCGUCAACGGUGAUCAGUUGAUCGAUGAUCCCCUUUCCCAACUGAAGCGAAUCGAAACGUUUUUGGGCAUUGAACAUCGGAUUGGUAGCCACAAUUUUUAUUUCAACGAAACGAAAGGAUUUUACUGUCUGCGAAAUGAUACAGUUGAUAAGUGUUUGCGCGAAACGAAAGGACGAAAACAUCCACGUGUCGAUCCGCUUGUGAUAUCGAAAUUACGGAAAUUUUUUGCUGAACACAACCAGAAGUUCUAUGAAUUAAUUGGUGAAGAUUUAGGAUGGCCGGAAGAGUAAGAAUAGACGAAAAUUACAUAUUCCUGAAAUUGUCUUAUAGAAUUUUAUGUUUCUUAAAAAAAUGGUCCGAACCGGUAAGCUAAUGAAGAAAAGAUGAUGAACAAAAAAAAAAACUUAAAAUCGACUCACCUUCAGAAACUCUCUUCAAUUCGAUUUUCCUCCCACACCAAUCAGAUUAAUCUAUUAACAAACCAGGUCUUGGAAAAAAUCAUUCUAAAAGAAAACUAAGUUUACAAACAACGAUGAUGUAAACGAGAAUGUCUGUAAACCGAAACUACUUUCGCAGUAGUCGGUAAUAUGAUACAGAGCUCAUUCAAAGUCCGUAAUUUUAUUUCUCUUGCAAAGGCAGAACAUUGUAGCAUUAUUGCGAAAGGGGUCAUGUUUAACUUACACAUAAACUGUCCACUUCCUGUCGUUGAAACACUGAAAACUUUUUGUUACAAGUCCUUUCAGGUUCAACAGACCAAACACACAAGCGGGUGUAAAAACUUGAAAUUCUGGGUUUUAUUUGCGUUUGCUUAACUUGACAAGGAGGAGGGCAAAUAUGGUUUGAUAAAGGAGCCGGCUUAUGUACCAUAUGGUAGUGGCAGUCUAUGAUUCCACGCAAUUAACUACUCCUCUUGACUGGUUUUAACCUGUUACAGACGGCGAGCAUAUGACCGGUAUUAUUAUCUGGUCUAUUACUUCCAUCGAUCAAAGUAUUUUUAAUCGGUGGAUUUCAAAUCUUGUACUUCAGUGUUUUUAACGUGCAUUUUAGUACUUAUAAAUACCCAGUAUAAAGGAUCACAUUACCCACAGCUUGCCAUUAUUUUUGUCGUCGUUAUCGGUAACAGAUGAAUAGCUGUAUGUGACAGGUUUUAAUUCACUCUUUAUGGACAGCUUUUAUUCACAGAUGAUUCAAUGAAAAUACUUUUUCGUCCGCUCUAUUCGGUAAACUUAAACUCUUAGGACUGGUCAAACGUGCACUUAAAAUAUCUAUACAAAGCUGUAACCUGGUCUUAUCUAGUUUCAAGGACAUUGCGUACCUGUUUAAUUUGUAGACGUUUAGCCACAACACUCCAUCAAAAAUAAGACUUUCUGUCUCUGACAUCUUAACUUGCUUAUAAGCCGAACAAACUAUUUGAAUGAAACUAGUUUUUUAAAUGAGAGUCAUUGUCAUUCAAAAUUAGCUGACUGGCGCGGUAAUUUUUUUUUUUUUUGUUUAUUCAUCUAACGAUUCAGUUCUACUCUCCCCGCGACGCCAUUAAAGGAAAUUAUACUCAUUUUUAUGAAAAGCAAUAUAUUCAAACCAAAAUGGAAUAUCGAUUAGGAUAUUUUAUAAAAAUUUAUUAAAAUGAAAAAGAAACUCAAAACAUAUCAUAAUUGACAAAAAAAAAAAUGGAAACAAAAUUCGUUAUCGUAAACAUAUCAAAAAGAAGAAGAAGAAGAAGGAAAUAGUUUUAAGGAAAUUUAUCUAAGUAACUGGAAAAGCAUAUCAUUAAGAGAGACUAAGAAAAUUCAAUAUACAUAUCAAGUAUGUUAUACACAUUGCUAAUCAUUUGAAGAA